UCCUGUGAGGCAUAUACCACAGCAGCAUCAGUUUAUCAGCAUAUCAUCAGAUCUUAUUCCUCUGGAACAGUAUCUGUCCAUGUCUGCUCAGGAGGAAGCCUGCUAUGAUUGACUCAGUCAUACAAACCACAAAGAAGUGGAACAGUCAGACAUGCUUCCUUGUCACUCACUGUCUGCUGGAACUGAAGACAGUCAGCUUCAAAGCCAUCCUUUGCCUUUUGAAAAUGCCGGAGAACUCUAUUUGCAAAGGUGAAAAGACUCCAUGGACAAGAUUGAGACAAUGGCUGUGUUUUUUAACGCUGAUCAUUGUGAUGACAACUUCACUGUUCAUCUUCUACAAUUCAAGCUUCCAAGUAUCGUGGCCUUUGAACUUUUGGACAACAAGCUCAUGGCCGAGCCAAUCUUACAACAAUGUGACUCCUUCAGCUGGUAGUGUUCCUCCACUGCAGUACUUUGUGGCUUACCCACACCAGUACAAGUUCAUAGUGGACGAACCAAUCAGAUGUCUCAAGGAAAGCCCGUUUCUGGUUCUUAUGGUCCCAGUCGCACCCCACAACAGGGAGGCUCGUGACAUAAUCCGCAACACGUGGGGGAAAGAAACCACGGUGCUGGGCCAGGAGGUCAGCCACUACUUCUUGCUGGGACUGUCCAAAGAGGAAGAUGGAUUAGAAGACCUACAGGAACAAGUAUUACAGGAAAGCCGGACACAUCAUGACAUUCUCCAAAGUGACUUCUUGGACAGCUACAAUAAUCUCACCAUUAAAACUAUGGUUAUGUUCGAAUGGCUCAGCACUCAUUGUCCCAACACCACUUAUGCCAUGAAGAUCGACUCGGACAUGUUUCUCAAUGUCCAAAACCUCAUCGACAUGCUUCUGAAAGCCCCCAAAUGUCUCUACAUGACAGGGAUGAUGGCCAGAGGUGCUCCUGUUCUUCGAGAUCAUACCUCAAAGUGGUUCCUACCUUAUUCUGCCUUCCCCGAGUCAACGUAUCCACCGUAUGUUCUAGGAAUGGGCUAUGUGUUCUCUCUGGAUUUACCCAAGAAGAUAUUGGAGGCAUCUGCACAUGUUAAAGCCGUGUACAUUGAGGACGUGUACGUGGGUCUGUGUAUGAAACAUGCAGGACUCACACCGACAGAUCCUCCUCACGGUGGUUUGUUUAGGACUACAGUGCCUUCUUUUACAAACAGCUGUUACUGGACAUCUGUCAUUACAACAAUCCUGCAAAAUUCUAACCAGCUUUUGAAUGUAUGGGGAAUAUAUCAGACUCAAGCACAUAGUGGCUGUUGAACACUUCUGCCUUACAAACAAUGUACAGGCAGAAGUGUUUGUAAGUGUACCGCAUGUGGUACACAUUGUAACUGCGUAGUCCAAGCUACACUCUGUUUACAUUGUAUGUCAUUGGCUGGAUGAUAUUUUUUAUCUGUUGGUGGCGAUGUGGACCUUUGAUACUGAAAGAUUUAGACAGGAAUACAUUCUGUGGUUUACAGAAUGUGUUUAUGCUUUUGUCACUUGAAGUGACAAAAGCCUCACUUUACUUGAUAUGCUCAUCUACAUACUGUUUGAAUUUUUCUACCAGCUAUAUAUGUAGUAUAUUUAAAUGCCAGUCAUAUACAUUACAGUAAACUAUGAAUCAAUUUCAAUGCUAGCUUGUACUUUGUAUGUAUCAUCUAGCUUAUCAUACUGUAUCCAACUGUAUGUUAUAUGUUCCUUGUUCCCCACCCCCCUCUUCUCUCAUCCCUCCCCCUCUACCUCUAUCCCUCUACCUCUACCCCUCCAUCUCUAUCCCUCUAUCUCUACCUCUAUCCCUCUACCUCCAUCCCUCUAUCUCUACCUCUCUACCUCUUCUGUCCCUCUCAACCUACCCGGCCAGCAGGCAGAUGGGUCCCCCCACAUUAGAGCCGGGUUCUGCUCGAGGUUUUUUCCCUGUUAAAAGGGUGUUUUCCUUGCCACUGUCUCCUUUUGGCUUGCUCUGGGGGUCAGGCAUAUGGGUUCUGUAAAGCGUCUCGAGACAAUUUGACUUGCAGUUGGUGCUAUAUAAAUAAAAUUGAAUUGAACUGAAUUGCAGUAAUUGCACAGGCAAUUUUGAAUGUACUUAGUAAUUUAAAGAUUUUAGAAUGGAGAACAUUUAUCAAAACAGUUUUGUUGUCCUGCAGCUUACAAUUCAUGACAAAGAAAGCAAUUCUCACCAAACAAGAGUUGUCCAAAAUCACAAGUUAGCACGGCCAUCAGUUAUUUCAGUGUGAAAGACUGAAGCUGCCUGCACACAAAGAGAUCUCAAUAUUUCACUUCACUUAUUUUUACCAGCUUGAAGAAAUUCUUGGUACAUUAUGUCAGAUUAGGCAUAACAAAAAUAAUCAUCAGCUGAAUAACAUUUGCAAUUCAUACGGUGGCGCUUUUAUUUGUCCACACAAAGACAAAUAAAUGCAUAAUUAAAUAUGAUGUAAGCAAGGGCAAUGUAACAAGAAACUGUUAUAAUGUGAAAUGAACUGUGUUUUUUUGGGUUUUUUUAUUAUUAAGAUGCCAAAAAAACAUUUGCAUUGCACACA